AUGUUCGCCAAGACUCUCCUUGCCCUCAUCCUCACCGCGACCGCCGCCCUAGCAACCCCCCUCUCAACCCGCCAAUCCACCCCGCCACCAACCUCCUUUGCCCCCUCUGCAAUCUUCACCUACAACACCCGCAACGGCGCCAUAAGCCCCUCCUAUGGCGGCGUCGUCUCCAAGUCCACCUCCAACGCCGGCAACGAUCUCACCGCCCUCCUGACCUUCACCUACCCGCCAGCCGUUGCCGGCAAGAAGUGCCAGCUGUGGUUCUACAUCGACGGGCCCACCUCGAGCGUCUCGGGAAGCCGCAAGCUCGACGUCUUCACCUCCACGACCCCGGCACCCGCCGGCGGUUCACCCGGUUGGGGCGCGGGCGGGCCAGGCAACCAGCGGAACGCGAACCUCGGGCGGUGGUCGGUCGUUACGGACGGGUGGGCGACGUGGGAUGCGACGUACGGGGCCUACUUGACUGCGCCGACGGACUGCAAGGCGCCUGGGACGGUUGAAGGCUUCGAGCUUGUGGGCGUUUACGACAACGAUUAUGUUUCGUGGAACGCCCAGGUCUCGGGCGCGAGGAUCGCUUACUUUUAA